UUGGAGCAGAAGCAUUCAUGAGGAGCAGUGGUGUGUAUGGGAAACACACUACUGUAAUACAAGGUACGUUGUGGGGAAAUGAGAUGGUGAAGCAGAAACCGGACAAUGACAAACGAGAUGACAACGUGGUUGCGCAAUUGAUGGCUAAUAUAACCUCUGCUGGUUCGAUAAUUCGCACUGAAGCUGCGGCUGGAAAGAGUGUAAUGGAAGAAAUGGGUGAGGUAAACCAGCGAAGUGAUCAAGGAACACUUGAACCGGAUCCUCAAGUGACAGUGAUGAGCUAUGUCAACUUACUGAACGAUGGACCAAAUUCUGAUGACGGGUUUAUGGGGAGUAUAAAUGCAAGGCAGUGGUUCAUACUGAAUGGAACAGACGCACAUUGCUGCGAGUGGUCAACAAUGCAGAUUCUGGAAUUGUGAACAGAUACGGCCCUUCACUCGGCAUGGAAACAGAGCGAUCCGGUGAGGUGCCGAACCCUGCUUUAGAACCAAUGGAUACUUCGACGGGGUUUGGUAUGCUCUUCAAGUACCUUAUUUAAAAAGUUAAUAUCAUAGAUUUUAAUAAACAACAUACCAACAACAACUACGGCACACAGAUAUGAAUUUG